UUGUGUUUGAGAAAAAUACUAAGGAAAGAAUGCUGUUUGCAAUUUUGAUAAUUUCUUUUUUAGCUCUAAGAUGUUUUGUGUGAAAGUUUCUACUUGAAGAGGGCACGAGAAUGGAUUCCCAGUUAGCUAUUAUAUUUCUUUCUUUGUGCCCAAGUGGUCCUCUGAUAUUACAGGUGCUGGAUAAAGCUAAAUGCAGAUGGCUUUAAGGGCCCAUCUUGAAUCAUGCUGCUGGCUUUUCAGUCAUCAUCUUUUUCACUUUUUUAUUUUUGGUGUGGAUGAAGAUGAUAGGCCUAGUUCUUUGCUCUUUUAUGUAAUUGUGUAGUUGAACGAUUUUUGCUUUAGCUAAUGUGGAGUCUUCAGUACUUUAAUAUGAUCACUUCCAUUUAAUAUAAUUUUGAACCUUACCAUCUUUGUUUCCAUUCUCUUUUGCUUGUCAAGAUGCUUAGGGAAUCAAAUGAUUAGUACUUUGUUCAGGAGGAUGACUAUUUGGUGGUCGACCUUGAACAUAAAAAAGGCAUUUCUUAUUUUCUUAAUGGGCCAUUAUGCAUGUGUUGUCUAUUUGUGUAGAUAGUGAAUGAUUUGCUCCUGUUGUUUAUUGAUCAGUAGAAUAUGUAUCACAAUGCACAUGCCUUCGACUUUUUAGGUUUAUGUCUACUGCAUGCAUUUUCAUAUUAUUAGUCCUUAUGUCUAUUUCCGUGUGUACUUUCUAAGAAAAUUUCAUUUUUGUCACAGAUUACAUGGCUAGGGAACAGAACUUAUUUGAGCUGGAGGCUCACUAUGAAACUGAUCGAGAUCAUUUGCUCAAGCAGAAAUUGAGUUCCAUCUCCGCAUCUACAGGGGUCUCUGAAAACAAAAGCAGCUGUUUUGAAUGCAAUAUUUGCAUAGACUCUGCACGUGAUCCUGUAGUUACCCUCUGUGGUCAUCUAUAUUGUUGGGCUUGCAUUUACGAGUGGCUUCAUGUCCAAACAUCCUCUCAAGAUGCUGACAAACCGCAGCAGAAUUGCCCCGUCUGUAAGGCUAACAUUUCUCUUACUUCAUUGGUUCCUCUCUAUUGCCAUGGAACAUCCUCUUCUGAAUCCGAAUCCAAGAAGCAUAGUUUGGGUGUGGCUGUGCCCAGUAGACCGCCUCCUAUGUUGAACACUUCAAUUACUUCCACUACAACAUCCACCACACAUCGAACUCCACAACUACAUUCAGAUCUCUUUCAGUCGCGAACGCAGUCAUUACAUAACCCACAGUACUUUCCUCACCACUACGGUGGUUAUGCAGCCAUUGCAACGUCUAGUCUCAGUGGUAUGGCAACAAUUAGCUUUGUUAACCCACUGAUGGGAAUGUUUGGAGGGAUGGUAUUAGAGAGGAUUUUUGGGAGUUCAGUCACGAGUUUGUCCGCGUAUCCAUCUUCACAUCCUCUAAUGACAAGUAGCAACCGUAGAAUCAGGAGGCAGGAAGUGGAGAUUGACAAGUCCCUUAACAGAGUAUCAAUCUUUCUUUUUUGUUGCUUAAUUCUGUGUCUUCUUUUGUUCUAAUCAUAUAAUCUCUUAGCUUUAAUGCUUUUCAUACUAAAACUAUGAGAUUGCGUGAUUAACUACUGUACAGGGAUACAAAUGUUGCUAGAAGUUCCAAAGUCGAGUCCGAAACUUUUGUGAGAAAACUCUGCUAUAUUUCACGUGUAGAUAAUGUCAUAUUCUUCAUUGUAAAUUAUUGUUUCUCUAA